CCCUCGCUCGGCAGCGGGAAGCCGAGCGGCAGCAAUGGCGGCCCGGAGUAGGGGAGGCUGCGCGCCGCUCCUGCGCUGGCCUGGGCAGCCGCUGCUCUAGGAGGGGAAGAGCGGAGCCGGCAGGGGGGCUGGUUUCCGGCGGGUUAUUUAUUUCUUCCCUCUCGCUUAAGUUCCCAGCGGAGCGGGCUGGCCGGCACCUGCGCCCCCCACCUGCCUCCCGGAGGGUGAAAGGUGUGGGGAGGCCAUGGAGAGCCCCGCGGAGAACCCCAGCAAGGCGGCAGAGUACCUGAAGGAGCUGAAUAAGAUCAUUGAGACGCAGCAGGAGCUGCUGGAGAAGCAGAAGCGAAGAAUAGACGAGCUGGAGCAGCAAGUGGCUAAGUUGUACCACGAAAAUGCCUGCCUGCAGGACGAGCAUCACCGGCACCUGGCCACAUGCAGGCUCCAGCAGAGCGUCCCCCCCGCGUACCCGGGGGUGCUGAGCGCCAUCCAGGAGAACGCCAAGCACGAAAAGUCUGAAGGUGAAAGCUCAAGAAGUCUAAGGGCUUCAUUGGAAACGGGAAGCAGCGUCUCAACUGAUCCACUCAGUGUUGAGGGUGAAGCUCCCAGCAGUGAAACUGGCACCUCUUUGGACAGUCCCUCUGCCUACCACCAAGGGCCUAUAACGCACAGCGCGGCGCUGAGCCCCGAGCACUACGAGCACUCUGCCUAUGGGCUCUACUCAGUCUCCCCUGGACAAAGAGCUCGGCGCCCAAAGCUUCAGCACUCCACAUCCAUCCUGCGAAAGCAAGCAGAGGAAGAAGCUAUUAAAAGGUCAAGAUCACUUUCUGAGAGCUAUGAACUCUCUUCAGACCUACAAGAUAAGCAGGUGGAAAUGCUAGAACGGAAGUAUGGGGGCCGUCUCAUAACCAGACAUGCGGCUCGCACCAUACAGACCGCCUUCCGCCAGUAUCAGAUGAACAAAAACUUCGAGCGCCUCCGCAGUUCUAUGUCUGAAAAUCGUAUGUCCAGACGCAUUGUACUGUCCAAUAUGAGAAUGCAGUUUUCCUUUGAAGGACCUGAGAAAGUCCACAGCUCUUACUUUGAAGGGAAACAAGUUUCUGUUACAAACGAUGGGUCGAAGCUGGGAUCCCUGGUACCGUCUGAAUGUGGUGAGCUCGGGGAGCCAGCGACGAUGAAGUCUCCAGCAGCAUCCACAGAUUUUUCUGAUGCCAUAACAGAACUGGAGGAUGCUUUUUCCAGGCAGGUGAAAUCCCUGGCAGAGUCCAUCGAUGAUGCGCUGAAUUGCCGGAGUCUGCAUUCUGAUGAAGUCCAGACUCCGGAUCAAGUCAGAAGUCGUGAAAUGGAAAGGGACAGUUGUCCUCCAACUAAACCAGCAAUUCACAAUGUGGAUCACAGGAAGCUGGAUGAGAUGACAGCAUCAUACAGUGAUGUGACGUUAUAUAUUGAUGAGGAAGAGUUAUCUCCACCCCUCCCACUUUCCCAGUCAGUAGACAGACCGUCCAGCACAGAGUCUGAUUUGAGGCUCCGGUCUGUGAACUCUUCCCAAGAGUACUGGUCUAUGACCCACAAAGAUGAUAAGAUAGACACUGAUACGAGCUGCAGGAGUACCCCCUCACUGGAAUGCCAGGAGCAGAGGAUGAGAAUGGAUCAUCUACCAUUGCUAACCAUAGAGCCACCCAGUGACAGUUCAGUGGACUUGAGUGAUCGCUCAGACAGGGGUUCCCUAAAGAGACAAAAUGCGUAUGACCGAGGGAUCACGAGUCAGCAAGGAAGCCCAAAACACAUCCCUCACAGUAUUCCUGCCAAGAUUAUAUCUCGAGAGGAACAGGAGGCCAGACACAGGGCUAGGCCCAUAGAUAGUCAUUUAGCUAUCAAUGGCACAGCCAACAGGCAAAGCAAAUCGGAGUCUGAUUAUUCUGAUGGAGACAAUGACAGCAUCAACAGCACUUCCAACUCCAACGAUACGAUAAAUUGCAGCUCAGAAUCUUCUUCUAGAGAUAGCCUAAGGGAGCAAACCUUAAGCAAACAAACAUACCACAAAGAAACUCGGAACAGCUGGGACUCCCCUGCCUUCAGUAAUGAUGUUAUCAGGAAGCGCCAUUAUAGGAUUGGCCUGAACCUUUUUAACAAAAAACCUGAAAAAGGAGUCCAGUACCUCAUUGAGCGAGGUUUUGUGCCGGAUACUCCUGUUGGUGUUGCCCACUUCCUUCUCCAAAGGAAAGGUCUCAGCAGACAGAUGAUUGGAGAAUUUUUGGGAAAUCGGCAAAAACAGUUCAACCGGGAUGUACUGGACUGUGUUGUGGAUGAGAUGGACUUCUCAACAAUGGAACUGGAUGAAGCACUCAGGAAAUUUCAGGCACAUAUCCGUGUUCAAGGAGAAGCCCAGAAAGUAGAACGGCUCAUUGAGGCUUUUAGCCAACGAUACUGUAUCUGCAAUCCUGGUGUUGUGAGACAGUUUAGGAAUCCUGAUACCAUCUUCAUUCUAGCUUUUGCCAUCAUCCUGUUAAACACAGAUAUGUACAGCCCAAAUGUGAAACCAGAACGCAAGAUGAAGCUGGAAGAUUUUGUCAAGAAUCUGAGAGGUGUGGAUGAUGGGGAGGACAUCCCCAGGGAGAUGCUGAUUGGGAUUUAUGAGCGGAUCCGCAAGCGGGAGCUGAAGACCAACGAGGAUCACGUGUCCCAGGUGCAGAAGGUGGAGAAACUCAUUGUAGGAAAGAAACCGAUUGGAUCUCUGCAUCAUGGACUUGGUUGUGUCCUCUCCCUACCCCACCGGAGGCUUGUUUGCUACUGCAGGCUGUUUGAAGUGCCAGAUCCAAAUAAACCACAGAAGCUUGGAUUGCACCAGAGAGAAAUAUUUUUAUUUAAUGAUCUUCUUGUGGUGACCAAGAUUUUUCAAAAGAAGAAGAACUCAGUUACAUACAGUUUUCGACAGUCGUUUUCCCUCUAUGGAAUGCAAGUUCUGCUUUUUGAGAACCAGUAUUAUCCCAAUGGUAUUCGGCUCACAUCAGCUGUUCCAGGAGCAGAUAUCAAAGUACUAAUAAAUUUCAAUGCACCAAAUCCUCAGGACAGAAAGAAGUUUACUGAUGACUUGAGGGAGUCCAUUGCAGAGGUUCAAGAAAUGGAAAAGCACAGAAUAGAGUCUGAGCUAGAAAAGCAGAAGGGGGUGGUGCGUCCAAGCAUGUCCCAGUGCUCCAGCCUGAAAAAAGAUUCUGGGAAUGGGACACUGAACAGAGCAUGCCUGGAUGACAGCUAUGCCACUGGGGAGGGGCUGAAAAGAAGUGCCCUGAGCAGCUCCCUCAGGGACCUCUCUGAAGCAGGCAAGCGUGGGCGACGCAGCAGUGCAGGAUCGCUAGACAGCAAUAUGGAAGGGUCCAUCAUUAGCAGUCCUCACAUGCGCCGAAGAGCUACAUCAACCCGAGAGUGUCCAUCUCGCCCUCACCAGACUAUGCCUAACUCCUCCUCACUCCUAGGUUCCUUAUUUGGUAGUAAAAGGGGAAAGCCACCUUCCCAAGGCCAUCCACCAUCUGGCUCAUCUCAGCAACCUCCGCACCCUCCAGUAGUCCCACAUCAGCAGCACUCCCAGCAUCCCUCUGCCAUGCACCACGCAGGGACAGCUGAGGGGCAGACACAGGCACAAGUGCACUCCCACCAUUCCCAGUACUGUCACAUGCAGCAGAACCCCCCGCCCUACCACCACCACCACCACUACCACCCUCCCCAGCACAUCCAGCACCCACACCAGUACCACCAACACGUGCCCCAUUCCCAGCACGCCGCCCACUCCCAGCACACUCCCUACCUGGGGCACUCCCACGCGCAGCACGCCCACCCCCCACACCCACCCCUGCCCCCGCCCCACCCGGGGCACCCCCAGCACCCUCAGCACCACCACGGGCCACCCCCACCCCCCUCCACCUCAGCCAGCACCAAGCCCAAACACAGCGGCAUCAGCACCAUAGUCUAGAGCAUCCCGGCCCUCCUGCAGAGAGCCAGGGUUCUAAACAAAGUUACAAAGGCACUUAGAGGAAGCCACAAAUAAUCCUGUCAGUUUUUACCUAGACAAACGAUUUAAUUGAGUUGUGUGAGCUUAAAGGCUUGCUGUUACUAAAUAAAAUAAUUCAAGUUAGUGCAAUCAAUACUUGUUUUACUUAUCUACUCAACAGGCACUUGCCAUCCGGUUAGUUCUUAUUUCCAGACUGCCUUCAAAACAUGCUGCUUGCUGAGUAAAUCUCCCUUUUACACCAAAUCCCUUGACAGUUUUAAAACGCCUAUGAAAAACUUAAGUCUAUGAAAAAAAGGAAAAAAAAAAAAGUGAUACAGAACCAAGUGUUGCAUUCUUGCUCUUUUAUUGUCAAUGGGCAAAAAACAUAAGUAGACCUGAUAUGGUUGAUGAAAGUACGUAAGUAAACUUUAUAUAAUAUAAAUAUAUACAUAUAAUAUAUAUAUAUACUGUAUAGUUACAUUUGUGCUUGGAAAGAAAUUUUUUCAGUCCACAAAACUAGCAAUAUAGACUUUACAAGGAAUUCCACUUACUUGAUAGGACAGUCCAAUAUAUGAGUAGUAAAUGAAAGAGUAGACCAAAAACAUUAAACGUUAGAGAUUUCAAACAUUUCAGUAUUUUCAUUAAAAGUCCUCUGGACUCGCUAAGGUUUCUAAGCAAUCAUUACUAAAUGUGCCAAGUAACAUAGCAUUUAAAUGUUGUAGUCAAAUACUACUUUGUAUAAAUCCUUAUUUUAUUAACAUGAUACUAUCAUACGUAACCAGUAUUAUAACUGCUCUGCUAUUUCAGGUAAGCAAACUCCUUAAGAUGCAGUAAUUAUACCAUGGCAAUGUAGGGUGGCCACUUACCAGUGAUCACCUGCAAGCAUUGGUCACACAAAUCCUUAGACACUUUAAAGGCUGUGAUAACUGUGAAUUUACAUGAUCCACAUUUCUUUUGGAGGCAUACAAUCUAACAAAACACACAUGAAGAGUUACACCCGGUGCAUGUAUACACUGCAAAAACAUUCAUCUCAAACAUGAAAAUGGCAAACUUCCAUCCUUCUCAGCUACUUUGUUUCCUGUUUACCAUAAUCCCUCAUUUUUAUCCCCAACGAAGCUGAAUUCUAGUCACAGGGUUUCCUGGUGGAAGUGCUCUAAAACUUGAAGGUUUGGUUUAGAAUUUAGUGUAGGUUUUUUAUAUAAUAUCUAAAAAAAAUGUAAUUCCAUGUAGCCAUGUGCUAGCAACAAAGUGGCUUCACCAUUUUUUACCCAUCACAUUUGUUAGUUUGAAAGUACCUAGCACUCAGCAGGCUGAGUUUAUGCUCAAACCCUCACUUUCAUAGUCCAGUUAGUUGCAAGACAUCACAUAAAAACAGGCUGUGCUGUUGUUGCUUAUGUGUUGUAAACAAACCAUUUGCAAAUUUAUAUACAAUUUUUAUCCCCAAAUCCUGUACAAAGUUACACAUGGCGCCUACUUUGUAGUUUCAGCAUUUUGAGCCACUGCAAGGACUUAACACCUAAACAGUAGAGACAAAGGAAUCACAACUGCAAAACUGUACCAGCCUAAAAGCAAACCUUGAAGAGGAUGAGCAAAAUGUUCCAGCGUGAGAUGGGUAAAAGUAAUAAUAAUAAUAAUAAUAAUAAUAAUAAUAAUAAUAAUAAUAACCACCAGUUGAUUUUCUAUUUAACAGUAGUAAAAUUGUCAGGAAUAAUGAGGACACCAAGAGGGUGACUUCUCCUAUUGGCUUGCUCAUGGCAUCUCUGAUGUUUGGGGGGGCAGGGGGGAGAGGCUGAGUAAUUUUUUCCCUUUCAUACCAUUGAGAUCACAAUACCAGCAGAACUGAGCACUUUGUUAACCUCCACAGAGAGCAAAUACAGCAAUCUAGAGUUUAGCCUUUUGUUUAAAGCUGUCCACGUUUGUUCCACACAUGUGCAAUACGUUUUCCCCCUCUACUCCUUCUCCUCUAAAUUAUCUUAAUGAAAAGAAAAUGAGUAACUACAUUUUUAUUUUAAGUAUCACUAUUCACACUAUUCUAAAUUCUGUGACUUACCUUAAGAGGGCUCAUAGGGGUCCCCUGAGGCUCUGUUCCUUGCAGUUUAAAAAAUAUAUACUGUUCUUAUAAGGGAAAGUAGAACUGUCUGCAUGUCAUCUAAUGUUAUUAAUGUGAGGCUACACUCUACAUAUUGUAUAUUUGCAAAAUAUAUCAGUGUUACUGUUGAUAUUAGUUGAAGUAAAGUGAUAACAUAUUUCAAUAUGUAGGCUUUUCUUCAUACAUCUGUACCAAUAGUAGAGUCUAACUGUAAUUUAUAGGUUGUUCCAGAAAAGAUAAAGAACCAUUGAGAUACAAACAUCCCUCAGAAACUGCAUCUUUUACUUAAAACAGAGGUAAGAAUGCUCCUCUUCACUGGGUGAUGGAGUCUGUACUUGUUUCAGAUGCAGAGUUAUAGUCAUGUAAGUUAAAUGGCCUGGGGAUGGAAUAAAUGCAGAACAAUGUGGUAGUGGUGGAGAGGAAAAUUUGACUUGAUGCAUCAGUUAACAGUGAAGAUAUUAGAUCUCCCAGAUCUGUAUUUGCUUUAUGUUUCAAAACCCCUUUCAUUCAUUUAAAUUAGAGUUACCUAUAAAUAUUCAAAACUUGCACAGUGAGCCACGUUUUAAUGCUUGAUCACUGAUUUUUAUGUGCAGCCAAUGAAAUAUUCAGGAAGUGUCACAAAUGUGCAUGCAAAAAACCACUUACACAGAUUUCAUGGACAGGUGGGGCAAGAGUUUGUGCCUGCCCUCCAGGGGCAUCUGUAAAAUCACAGAUCUUUUUGAGGCUAGCUAAAAAAAUACAACUGGUCAUAUAAGAGCACAGUAUUUGUAAAUGCUGUUCUUUCAAGUCAAUGAGAAGAAACAGUGGACUUGAUUUUUUUUCUAUGAUUUUUUUUUUUUUUAGGCUGUGUGUUUGUAUGUACUUCAAAUAACCAAAUGUGUCUUGGUGUCAGCAUAAGUCUUAAGAACUUUGCUGCCUGUGUAGGGUUUUAGUAUCACCUCUCUGACUCUGGCUGUGAUUAACAGUUGCUUAGACCAGUGUGGGUCAUGCCUAGAACAAGGAAAUAAUAGUACUUUGGCACUGCAUGUGGUUAAGAAAAUGACCGUUUUUCAGCCGGCAGGCAGGAGUAGAAUUGAGAGGGUUUUUUUCAAAUGCCAUUUCCAAUUAAAAAAACUGGUACAGAACUGCACAAAGUGACCCUGUUUCUCUUUUCCCAUAAAUGAUGUGGCAAAGGAGUAAUACUGAUUUGAAAAAAUGAAAGGGAAACGAAAAGAAUGAAAGUGUGGCAACAAAAAUCUUUUCUGGGACAACAAUCAAGUAUAUAUUUGGGGUUUUUAUUUUUUUAAGUUAAGAAUGAAAUGUAAAACAAUGUAAAAACAAAACACAAAGUUCAUCCUAAUAUAAUGUGCGUCUUGUAUUGCUAAAAAAAAAAACAAACACGAAAGUCUAACAUACAGUGUAAAAUGAUUUUCCCAUCAUGUACUGCAUGCAGCAGAAGCCUCUUGUUUCUUGAUAAAAUGAGCUGAAAGACAGUCAGCAGAUAUUUAAACAAUGACUCUCUAGAUGUUGACUUGCUGUUCCAUAUGAAGCUGUGUGUUUUCUGCAGUUAAGCAUGCAUUUUGCUGUUCCCUUGUAAAAUACCAUUGCACUUCUUGCCUGCAAAAUGGAAUUAUUGUAUAUAUAUUUAAAAGAAAAGUGGAACCAAUCACAAGAUUAAAUUUGGAAAAGAGAAAAAGGGGGUGGUGAAAAUGGGACCAGUAGGGGGGAUAGAUAAUUCUCUAAAUUGUACAUAGUGUGUAAAUUAGUAUAACUAUAAGUCUGCAGUCACUUUGAGGUUGCCUAUCUCCUGCUAGGAACUUAAAUCAGCUUUGAGUUGUAUUAAACUGUUAGAAUUAGGUCUUGAAUGCAGACUAUUAAAGACUUUAAAC